AUGACACGAUUUGCAAGAGCUAAAGGGUCCAAGGCUUCUAACCUUAAGGCCCCUGAAGAUAGUACCCCAUGGGAGGUGAUGAAAGAACAUAUGCUGAAAGCAAAGCAAGAUAACGAAGAAUCGAAAAAGCGAGAGGAGGCAGAACAACAGCGAAUCGACAAUUAUAAUAAUUUUCUUAAAGAACACAGAGUUCAAAAAAGAAAAGCAACUUGGUGUGAAUUCCCUGAUGAUCAACCUAGUAAAACACUAAACACAAAUGUAGUACAUAAAAAUGAGAAGAAGAAAAAUAAGAAAGAAAAUAGUGUAAAUGUGACACAGGAAGAAAUAUGUAAUGAAAGUAAUGUUGAUAAAUCAAAGAAAAAGAAAAAGAAAAAUAAAGCCACAAUAGACCAAACAAAUAAAUGUCAGAACAAUGAUGUUUCACAAUCAGAAACAAAUUUAGCUUCUCCUCAAAAUAAAAAGACUAAAGAGUCUUCUAAACUUCAGUGUAAAGAUGUUGAAAUUGAUAAUACUUCUCAAUCUAAUCAAACUGAUGAUGCAAAUAUCGCUCAAGAAGAUGUAACACCAACGCAAAAAAAUAAGCAUAAAAAAGCAAAUAAAAUGCAUAAUUUAUUAAAUCAAUCCAAUACUGAAAAUAAAGAAACUAACAACAGUUCUUUUAAUAAUACAGAUAAAAAAAACAAUCACACUGGUGAUAAAGGUGCUGUAAAGAAGCAAAAAAAGAAAUUAAAAAAAAAUGAACAACCAAAUAGACGGAAGCCUAUAAAUGACCAAAGCUUUCAACUUAUCAUUAAUGGCAAAGAAGUAGAACUAGUAAGGUAUGAUGGAUUCCCAAUUAUGAAGAAAGAUGCUGAAAGAUUGAAUGAAUUGAAAAAAAAUAUGAUAAAAAAGGGCAUUCCCAAAAGUGAAGUGCAAAGGACAAUGAAAUUGGAAAGAAGGAGAGCUGAAAAAGCUUUAGCCAGAGUCAAAAGAGAAGUUUGUUAUAAUUGUAGGAAGGGUGGACACAAUUUAUCAGAUUGUCCAGAUUUAAAAUCAAACUUGCCCGGGGUGGAUGCAGCAGAUGGCCUAUGUUUUAAAUGUGGGUCAACUGAGCACAGGCAGUUUAAAUGCAAAGUGCAGAGGGAUAAAGAAUUCCGAUUUGCUACUUGUUUUAUCUGUAAAGAGUCUGGUCAUAUAGCAAGACAAUGUCCAGAUAAUCCAAAAGGUUUAUAUCCAAAUGGUGGUUGCUGUAAGUUAUGUGGUGAUGUUACUCACUUGAGGAAGGAUUGUCCCACUGUUCAAAAUUCAAAGGAGGAAACUUCAAUAAAACUGCAAACGUUGAAUGAUGACAAUAUUGAAGAUAUAGGUCAGCAACUGAAACCAGUAUCUCAAGAGACAAUAAAGAAGCCUAAAAAAAUAAAAUUU